GCAGGGCAGUAGUGCAGACGGGCGCCGCUCGCUGCACGGCUCAAAGCUCAACGCUUAUCCGACAACUACUACUGUGUUCUUGCAGCGCCCGUCGCCGUCUUCCGCACCCCGCAAAUAACAGCGAGUAUCAUCAGAAGCAGCAGCAGCAGCCAUGGCGUCCUCCGCGCUCAACGUCUGGUCCGUCGAGAACCCCACCUUCCGCGCCUACGCCUUCUACAGCGGCGUGCUCGUCAUCAAGAUGCUGGGCAUGGUGUUCCUCAUCGGGCGACAGCGCUUCGCCAAGAACGUUUUCAUGAACCCCGAGGACAAAUUGGACAAGAAUAGCAAGGUCCUGCCCGGUGGUGACCCGGACGUCGAGCGACCACGCCGGGCGCACCUCAACGACCUCGAGAACAUCCCGGCCUUCUGGGUCGCGGGCCUGCUCUACUGCCUCACCAACCCCGCGCCCGCCCUGGCCCUGAACCUGUUCCGCGCCUACACUGGCGCCAGGAUCAUGCACACCAUCGUGUACGCCGUGGUGCCCCUGCCCCAGCCCUCCAGAGCCAUCGCCUGGGCGGUGGGCUACGGCAUCACAAUCUACAUGGCCGUCACUACCGUCAUGCACUUCGCCUAAGUUAUUAACAAUUUCAGUAUAUUUUUCCUCUCUUCAUUAUUUUUUACCUGUAUGAAUGCGAAUGUUGUGAGUAAGAAUGCGUGUGUAAAAAAGUGUGUUGCCUACUACACGAGAAAUAUGUGAAAAAAGUUGUGUGUCUCCGGCUGUCGAAUGUUGGCUUAGUUAUGGUGUUUUAUAAAAAUAUAUGUACAAAAACCUGG